AAGUCUGUUCUUAUUUCAUUGAUAGUUAUAACGGGAGGAGAGGGAAUAGAAUCAAAAUACAAGUUUCUUUGAUUUCCCGGAGAAUCUAACAAGAAGGGUUUGAUCAGCUUUUUAGUUUUUAAUUCUCUGAUUCCCUUCUGUGGAAUCAGAGGAUCAUCAUCAUUAUCAUUAAUCAUUACCCUUGUUCUUCCCCAAAUAUUCAAUCUGUUUGCAUUAUAAGAAAUUCAGGCGAAACAAUCUUCUUGGUUGUUUAGGAAUUCAAAAUCUUGCGAUUGACAAAAUUAUAAUUUGAGGGUAUCAAUCUCCCGGAAAAAUGGAAAAUCAAACAAUGGAUGCGUUAAAAUCUGAUGGAAGAAGAAUGGAGGGAUGGUUGUAUCUCAUUCGAUGCAACCGACUUGGAUUACAAUACUCUCGCAGAAGAUAUUUUAUUCUCGAAGAAAAUUACCUCAAGAGCUUCAAAUCAAAACCUACAUCAGAUUCACAGAAACCACUAAGAAGUGCGAUUGUAGAUUCUUUCAUACGAGUUAAUGACAAUGGAAGAGAGAGCUUGAGUAGAAAAGUAUUUUUCAUUUUCACCCUUUACAAUACUUCAAAUCACAACGAUUGUCUCAAGUUGGGAGCAAGCAGUCCAGAAGAAGCAGCUAGAUGGAUACACUCGUUACAGGAUGUUGCAAUGGAACCAGGAACAAAUUCAAAGAGAAGAUGGCAGCCAUUUAGAUUGGACGAUUCCAAGAACACUACUCGUAAAAAUUCUGUGGAUUGGACCUCAUCAGCAAACAUGCAUGUUGAUGCCAUGACAUCUGACGUGAUUGCUCCCUCCCAUUGGAAAAUCUUCGGUUGUAAAAAUGGAUUACGUUUAUUCAAAGAAUCAAGAGACAGUAAUAAUUCAGCUGAACGGACUUCGAAUGAUCAUCCUGCUAUAAUGGCUGUUGGUGUGAUCGAGGGAACUUCAGAAUCUGUUUUCAGAACUUUCAUGUCACUCGGCCUAUCUAGAUCAGAAUGGGACUUCUGCUUCUACCAUGGCAGUGUGGUUGAGCAUCUCGAUGGUCAUACAGACAUAAUACACGUUCAACUAUGCCGGGAUUGGCUUCCAUGGGGAAUGAGUCGAAGAGAUUUACUUUUACGACGAUAUUGGAGAAGAGAAGAUGAUGGGACUUAUGUAAUUCUAUGCCAUUCUGUAAUCCAUAGCGAUUGUCCACCACAACAAGGCUACGUACGAGCUUGGCUUCAAAGUGGUGGAUUUGUUGUGAGUCCUUUGAAUCAAGGAAAAGAAUGUGUAGUCAAACACAUGCUUUCACUCGAUUGGAAGUUAUGGAGAUCGUAUUUGCCAAAAACACCUGCUCGAUCCAUGACUAUACGCAUGCUUAGCAGAGUUUCAGCGCUGAAAGAACUGUUUAAGGCGAAAGGAGGUGGUGAAUUUCCGUCGGAGUUUUUAAACGGAGAGGUGGAGUCGUUUCAAACGGGAGACGAACAAAUGAAACAAGAAGUCGAAGUCGACCCAAUUCAAAUCAAUGAAAACGACAAAAUGGAAGACGCGAAUGAUGCUCCGGUUUCAGGUUCUUCGAGUCUCAUUGGAUUAAACGACGAUGAGUUCUUCGAUAUCCCUGAAGAAUCCGACAAGAACAAACCUCAUUCCGACACUCCUGGAUUGUCGACAGCUGCUGGAUUUGUGAAAAAGUUACAUGUUCUUGCAGCUCAAAAGAAGGGUUACAUCGAGUUACAAAACGUCGAUUGGGAUGCAAGUACUUCGCAAUGUUUCGGGUCGACUUUGCUCCGAGAUUUGACCCAUAACACGCCAUGUACGUGGUCGUCUUCUGAUCCAUCGUUGUUUCUUGUUCGUGGAGAAAAUUAUCUGAAAGACAACCAGAAGAACAAAGCCAAAGGGACGAUGAUGGAAAUGAUCGCUGCAGAUUGGUUACAAUCUGAUAAACGAGAAGAUAAUCUUGCAGGAAGAUCUGGUGGAAUUGUUCAUAAACUUGGAGGACAAGGUGGACCGGAGUUUUUCUUUGUGAUCAACAUACAGGUUCCUGGAACGACGACGUAUAAUCUUGUUCUGUAUUACAUGACUCGAACUCCAUUGAAGGAAUCGCCUUUGUUAGAACGGUUUGUGAAUGGAGAUGAUGGUUUUAGAAACUCGAGAUUUAAGCUCAUACCAUAUAUAUCUAAGGGUUCAUGGUUGGUAAAGCAGAGUGUUGGGAAGAAAGCUUGUUUGGUGGGUCAAGCACUCGAAGUCAACUAUUUUCGUGGGAAGAAUUAUUUGGAGCUUGACAUUGAUGUGGGUUCAUCGACGGUGGCACGAGGUGUGGUGAAUCUUGUUCUUGGUUACUUGAACAAUUUGAUCGUGGAAAUGGCCUUUCUAAUACAAGCUAACACUCAAGAUGAGUUACCAGAAUCACUUAUCGGGACAUGUCGGUUGAAUCACAUGGAUACGUCUAAGUCGGUAUCUGUGGAAUCCAUUGAAAAAUCGAUUAAUAAUAAUAAUAAUAAUAAUAAGAUGUAGGUGAGGUGAUGUUUUAUCUCGAGCCAACAAAUGUAUAUAUCAUGUAAAGUUGAUUUUUUUUUGAUGGCUUGUAGUUGUGGAUACGUGAAUAAUAUGCACUCACAAAGAAAAAUGUUUUUGGGUA